AUGGCGCUGCUGCCCUUGCUGGUGUUGUGCGCCCUCAGUUCGGUGUGCACCCCGGUGCAGGGUGAGGUGAAAGCCAUCAAGCUGUGUGGCCGCGGGUUCAUCCGCGCUAUCGUUUAUACCUGCGGCGGAUCCAGGUGGAGGAGGAUUCUCAAUGAACCGGCCCUACCAGGUCAUCACUGUUGUUGGCUUAUGCGUGCAGGUGUGGGCAGCCUGACUCAGGACAGCUUUGAGUUCCUCAGCACCAGUGCACCAGCUCCUCGGCACAGACGGGACCUGAAUGAAAAGCUGAUGAUCAUGUGCUGUCAGGUGGGCUGCAGAAAGAGUGACCUUGUCUUCUUCUGCUGAGGCACCCCAGUGACCACAGACUCUCUCUCCAGGAUGCAAACCCACGUCGUUCCAUAAUCAGAAAGAAAAGAAAAUCAAUUGAAAUAUGCUUAUUGUCAGUGUCAGACUUGCUAAUGUCCAUAGUAUCAGCAGUGCCGGUAGCCCUGCAUUCCUAAAAUACAAUAAUCCAAAGGUACAGUACUUCACAUAGAUGGCGCACAUUAUUACAUUAUAAUGUAUAAAUUGUAAUUUAGCAGGACCUCUUUUUUUCUACAUUUUAUAGACAUUUUAAUCCAAUUUGGACAACUCUGAUGGCAUGCUUUCUAACUUCAGUGA